UCCUGUGUACCGCGGCUUUAUUAUCGAGAGCGUGACGACGGAAAACGGAGCGGAAUGGCCAAUAGGUGGUGGACGGUGCGAUACGUAGAUAACCCCGCGAUACCCAUUACUCCAUCCCCGAAUCUCAAGCUCAAAUUCGCCCUCCACGCCGCUCCUCUCUCUCUCCCUCCGUCUCGCGGCAUCUCUGGAUGCUCGAGAUGUCUUGAGAAAGAGCUCCUGAAUCACUGUCCCGAUCCUUUCAACAUUCGCCCCUCUCGCCUUUUUAAUGGCGCCCCUCGUCAGAAUCGAGGCGAUCAAGCCCGUCCCUCCGUCGCUCGCCGCUCUCUGCGCCUGCCCGUGUCGACCCUUUGCCGGGAACGCCCUGGUUCUGGCGCGUCCUUCGUCAAAAUUCAAUCUUGGGUUGCUGUUACAUGGGCCCAAGAGCGUGGUUCGGAUGCGAUUGCGCGGGGUCUCGGGCCGCCGGCGCAUCGUUGCGGCCAUGGCGCGCACCGAGCAGGACCGGGUCGGCGAGAGCGAUGCCCAUCAGACGAAGGCCAUCAAUCUUCACCGCGGGGAGAGACUGAUAUGGAGACUCAACAGAAAGCAAGUCAGUUAAGAAAGAGGAUUGUUUUUGGACUUGGAAUUGGUAUUUCUGUUGGCGGUGUUGUAUUGGCGGGAGGAUGGGUGUUUACCGUGGCUUUGGCGUCUACUGUUUUUGCCGGUUCACGCGAGUAUUUUGAGUUGGUUAGGAGUCGUGGAAUUGCAGCUGGAAUGACACCCCCUCCUCGAUAUGUGUCCCGAGUUUGCUCGGUCAUUUGUGCCCUGAUGCCAAUACUUACCUUAUACUUUGGUCUAGACGUUUCUGUGACAUCUGCCGCCUUCCUUGUUGCCAUAGCAUUGCUUCUACAGAGAGGAAAUCCGCGAUUCUCCCAGCUCAGCAGUACAAUAUUUGGUCUAUUUUAUUGUGGAUAUCUUCCUUGUUUUUGGGUGAAGCUUCGAUGUGGUCUAGCAGCACCAGCACUUCAUACUAGAAUAGGAGCAGCAUGGCCCAUCCUUCUAGGAGGCCAGGCUCAUUGGACUGUGGGCCUUGUGGCAGCGUUGAUGUCAAUAAGUAGCAUAAUUGCAGCAGACACAUAUGCGUUUCUUGGUGGCAAAGCAUUUGGAAGGACACCACUUACUAGUAUUAGUCCCAAGAAGACAUGGGAGGGAACUGUUGUAGGCUUGGGUGGCUGUAUAGCUACUUCCGUCAUCUUGUCAAGGAUAUUUUGUUGGCCGUCAUCUUUGCUGAGUGCAAUAGCAUUGGGGUUCUUGAACUUUUUUGGGUCUGUUUUUGGAGAUCUUACCGAAUCCAUGAUCAAACGUGACGCAGGGGUCAAAGACUCGGGUUCCCUUAUACCUGGACAUGGGGGAAUAUUGGACAGAGUAGAUAGCUACAUAUUCACGGGUGCACUCAUGUACUCUUUUGUCAAAACCAUCCUACCUCUGUAUGGAGUUUGACAUCGGAAGAAUGAGCAAUAAAAAGUGGGGAUACGCUGUGUAAUUCUGGGGUUGUUGUAAGAUGGGACUUCGGGCCAGCCAAGCAGGCACAGAUUGUUUUUGGACAAGAGAAUGAAGAAGAUAGCCCUGUACGUACUCUUUAACUCGAAAUGGCAGCUGAGAUUUUGAAGCAUACUCUGUUUUCAGUGUUAAAGGUAUAGUUCAAAUAACCGUAUAUCACUGUUAAUCUUCAAGAAGAGCUGUCAUUGGUCAAUUCAAUGGAUGAGAAGCUGCUUCCGAAAAAUUGUCGUUUCUUUCUUUUCCUUGGUUUUUUUGGUGUUGGUAGGUCUUCCAUUUUAAUAACUGGAUGAUCAAUAAUUUCGGCCGCAAGGUUAAUCAUCUUAAUUUUUUGCGUGCCCGUUUGCUUCUCAUGCUGCCUGGGGUUCUUUAGCUUAAAGAAUCAAGUUUUAGGAAGAUUUUUCUAUGGAUAUAUCUUCAUUAUGCUUUGACUUUGAUUUUUCUUGUAGAGAGCGGAGUUUCAGCCCCCACUUGGCAUGAUUUUUUGGAACCUGACUUUUGUCCUAGCUGAAGUUUCAUAUGCUGUAUUUUGGCUC